AUGUGGAAGGCCAUCUUCAUCGUGGCCUCUUCUCUUCUUGUUUCAGACGACCGCACGCUGCACGGCCCAGCUUUCAUCCAGGAGCCCAGUCAUGUGAUGUUCCCUUUGGACUCCGAGGAGAAAAAGGUCAAGCUCAGCUGUGAGGCUAAAGGGACGCCCAAGCCUCUCAUCAGGUGGAAGUUAAAUGGAACAGAUGUUGACACUGGUAUGGAUUUCCGCUACAGUGUUGUGGAAGGCAGUCUGUUGGUCAAUAACCCCAAUAAAACCCGAGAUGCCGGAACGUACCAGUGCAUAGCAACCAACUCGUUCGGAACAGUCGUGAGCAGAGAAGCCAAGCUCCAGUUUGCCUACCUGGAGAACUUCAGGACGCGAACAAGAAGCACGGUGUCGGUCCGCCGAGGUCAGGGGAUGGUGCUGCUGUGCGGGCCGCCGCCCCACUCUGGAGAGCUGAGCUACGCCUGGAUCUUCAAUGAGCGCCCCUCCUACCAGGACAGCCGCCGCUUCGUCUCGCAGGAGACGGGCAACCUGUACAUUGCCAAAGUGGAGCCGUCGGACGUCGGCAACUACACCUGCGUGGUCACCAACACAGUGACAAACCGGAGAGUCCUGGGGCCGCCCACGCCGCUGGUACUGAGAGACGACGGGGCGAUGGGCGAAUACGAGCCCAAGAUAGAAGUGCAGUUCCCAGAAACAGUCCCGACCUCCAGGGGUGCCACGGUCAAGCUGGAGUGCUUCGCCCUCGGAAAUCCCGUACCAACCAUCACCUGGCGCAGAGCGGACGGAAAGCCCCUGGCCAGGAAGUCCCGGAGGCACAAGUCCAGCGGGGUCCUUGAAAUCCCCAACUUCCAGCAGGAGGACGCUGGGCUGUACGAAUGUGUGGCGGAAAAUUCCAGAGGGAAGAACGUGGUGCGGGGCCAGCUGACUUUCUACGCUCAACCCAACUGGAUUCAGAAAAUAAAUGAUAUCCACGUGGCCAUGGAAGAGAGUGUCUUUUGGGAAUGUAGGGCGAACGGCAGGCCCAAGCCUACGUACCGGUGGCUCAAAAACGGCGAAGCGCUGCUGACGCGGGACAGGAUUCAGAUCGAGCAGGGGACGCUCAACAUCACCGUGGUGAACCUGUCGGACGCGGGCAUGUACCAGUGUGUGGCAGAGAAUGAACACGGGGCUGCCUUCUCCAGCGCGGAGCUCAGGGUCAUAGCCGCGGGGCCGGAUUUUUCAAGGACGCUUCUGAAGAGAGUCACUCUGGUCCGAGUGGGCGGCGAGGCCGCCAUCGAGUGCAACCCCAAAGCGUCGCCGAAGCCCGUGUACACCUGGAAGAAAGGACGGGACGUGUUGCGGGAGAGCGAAAGAAUCACCAUCUCUGAGGACGGGGACCUCAGAAUCGUCAACGUGACGAAGGCCGACACCGGAAGCUACACCUGCAUAGCCACCAACCAUUUCGGAACGGCCAGCAGUACCGGCAACUUGGUCGUCAAAGAUCCGACACGCGUGACGGUGCCCCCGUCCAGCAUGGAUGUCACUGUGGGAGAGAGCAUCGUCCUGCCGUGCCAGGUGACGCACGAUCACUCACUGGACAUUGUGUUCGCUUGGUCAUUUAACGGACACCUGAUAGACUUCGACAAGGACGGCGACCACUUUGAGAGAGUCGGAGGGGACUCGGCUGGGGAUCUGAUGAUCCGGAACAUUCAGCUGACGCACGCCGGGAGAUACGUCUGCAUGGUCCAGACGAGUGUGGACAGGCUCUCGGUGACCGCCGACCUCGUCGUGAGAGGUCCCCCAGGCCCCCCCGAGGCUGUGACCAUCGACGAAAUCACAGACAGCACCGCUCAGCUCUCCUGGAGGCCCGGGCCCGACAACCACAGCCCCGUCACCAUGUACAUCAUUCAAGCUCGGACGCCAUUCUCCGUGGGCUGGCAAGCUGUCAGCACAGUCCCCGAGCUCAUCGACGGGAGAACCUUCACAGCGACCGUGGUGGGCUUGAGCCCCUGGGUGGAGUACGAGUUCCGCACAGUUGCAGCCAACGUGAUCGGGAUCGGCGAGCCCAGCCGGCCCUCGGAGAAACGGCGGACGGAGGAGGCCCUGCCGGAGGUCACCCCAGCCAACGUCAGCGGCGGUGGAGGCAGCAAGUCUGAGCUGGUUAUAACCUGGGAGACGGUGCCCGAGGAGCUGCAGAAUGGCAGAGGCUUCGGCUACGUGGUGGCCUUCCGGCCGUACGGCAAGAUGAUCUGGAUGCUGACGGUGCUGGCGUCCGCCGACGCCUGCAGAUACGUGUUCCGGAACGAGAGCGUGCGCCCCUUCUCUCCCUUCGAGGUGAAAGUGGGUGUCUUCAACAAUAAGGGGGAGGGCCCCUUCAGCCCCACCACGGUGGUGUAUUCCGCGGAUGAAGAGCCCAGCAAGCCGCCAGCCAGCAUCUUUGCCAGGAGCCUUUCAGCCACAGACAUCGAAGUCUUCUGGGCCUCUCCCCUGGAGAAGAGCCGAGGGCGGAUACAAGGUUAUGAGGUUAAAUACUGGAGACACGAAGACAAGGAAGAAAAUGCUAGAAAGAUAAGAACCGUCGGAAACCAGACGUCUACAACAAUCACCAACUUACAAGGCAGCGCGCUGUAUCACCUGGCCGUCAAGGCCUACAACUCCGCGGGGACAGGGCCCUCCAGUGCCACGGUCAACGUCACCACCAGGAAGCCGCCGCCGAGUCAGCCCCCCGGAAACAUCAUCUGGAAUUCAUCGGACUCGAAAAUCAUCCUGAACUGGGACCAGGUGAAGGCUCUGGAGAACGAGUCCGAAGUGAAAGGCUACAAAGUCCUCUACCGAUGGAGCAGGCAGAGCAGCACAUCCGUCAUUGAGACGAACAAGACGUCGGUGGAGCUCUCUCUGCCAUUCGAUGAAGAUUACAUCGUAGAGAUCAGGCCGUUCAGCGAGGGGGGCGACGGCAGCAGCAGCGAGCAGAUCCGGAUUCCAAAGAUAUCAAACGCCUACGCCCGGGGAUCCGGGGCCUCGACUCCCAGCGCGUGCACGCUCUCGGCCAUCAGCACCAUCAUGUUGUCCCUCACAGCCAGGUCCAGCUUAUGA